UAUUAUAUAGUAUAUUAUUAUACAAAUAAGGUAAACAGGUAUUCUAAAAUCAUUGAAUAGGUAAUGCAAUGCAGCAGUGAACAAAAAUAGAGUGUAAUAAUUAAAAUAUCUGAUAAUUUAAUAGACUGGUGUGAUUUUCUUGUAUUUAAAAACACCUAAUUUGAUUACAUUUCUUACACGUGGUGAAUUUCGGUUGAUUGACCGAUAUCUAUAUGUAAAAAAGUUUUUAAUUGCAUUGCAUUCAUAAGUAGCAUCCAACCUUGAAUACAUAACAAUCGGAAAGCAAAAACGACCGCGAACGCAAAAAUGUCUGUACCGUCUUUAAUAAUUUUUUUCGCACUAUCCUAUACAGUUUUAACUAGUCCAAUUAUUAUAAGAAAGUGUUCGCCUAGAGAAUGUAAUAAUCCAUCUGUAAAACUUUUACAAGAUUACAUAAGAAUUGAUACAAGUAAAGAAAAAAAUAUUGAGUGCGCUGUAGAAUUCUGGAAAAAUCAAGCGGACAAAUUGGGCCUGCUCUUUGCGGUGUACCGUCCUUCUGGCAAACCAGUUUGCGUGAUUACAUGGCGUGGCAGGAAUCCUAAACUACCAAGCAUUGUUCUCAAUUCUCAUAUGGAUGUAGUACCUGUUGAACGGCAAAACUGGACAUAUCCACCGUUUUCUGCAUACAUUGAUGAAAAUGGUAAACUGUUUGGACGCGGAACACAAGAUACCAAAACCCUCAGCAUCACUUACUUAGAAGCUGUCAGGAAGCUUUUGAUAUCAGGAGUCAGAUUGCGACGGACUAUACAUCUAUUAUUAUUUCCAGAUGAAGAGACUGGUAGCUUUAAUGGUAUAAUUCCUUUUAUCGACACAAAGGCGUUCCAAGCUUUGAAUGCUGGUUUCUUUUUCGAUGAAGGUAUAGCGUCGCCCGAUGAUACGGUAUACGUCUCGUAUCAAGAUAAAAGACCUUUCCAAGUUAAUUUAACAUUAUACGGAGAAGGCGGCCACUCCGCGACGCUACCUAAAAGAACCGCAGUUGAAAAGUUACGACGGUUAUUAGCUAUCACUUCGAAAUUUCGCGAUCAACAGAGACAAAUGAAAUUGUCAAGAGCUGCAACGGAUUAUGGAUCUUACACUUCAAUUAAUGUGAAUAUUAUUAGGGGUGGUACUUUUACAAAUGUAAUACCAACUCAAAUAACUGUGGUGAUCGAUAUGCGACUUGCGGUAUCAGCUAAUAUUAGUGAUGUUGAAGCAAUGAUACAAUCUUGGAUUUCUGAAGUAGGUAACGACACUGAUAUAUCGUACAUUAGAAGAGUCGAAGUGUCACAGCCAACGAAAUUAGAUGCUGCCAAUCCUUAUUGGGUAGCUGUGGACAACGCAAUGAAGGAUAUGGGUAUAAAAGUGCUUCCAAUCGUAUUCCCAGCUACAUCAGAUAUGGUCUCGAUCAGGAAUCGGGGAAUACCCGCGAUCGGCCUAGCGUACUUACCUCGCACGGAACUAUUGCUUCACGACAUAGACGAAUAUGUACAAGUCGAAACGUUCUUAAAGGGAAUACAAGUAUACAUUCAUAUUUUACGAAAAGUUUGUAAUUUACGGUGAUUCUUUUCAAAAUUAUGUUCGAAUAUAUCGUAAUAUGUAUGGUAUUUUAUACUGAAAAAGCAAAUCUAUACUUCCA